AUGGCGCCUGGCCUCCUCGCGGCCGCCGUGCUGGCCGCGGUGGCAUCCCUCGCGGCUCACGUCGCCCUCAAUUGCCCCGUGCAGCCGGUGCCGUCGACUCCGCGACCGCCCACUCCGCCUCCCAACAACCUCCUCCAGCUCCCCGCGCCUAGAAGGGGAACCCAGCCGCCGCCGCCGCCGUGCAGCACGCCGCCCAUGGCCUCCUCGUCAGAGAACACGGGCGCGCCGCUGGAGGAGGAGCAGCCCCAGGCCCCGCUGACGCCGAACCCGAAGCCUACCAAGGCGGUGGCGCCUGACGAGGUGGAGGAGGAGCCGCAAACCCUAGAGCGGGCGCAGGAGCUCUUCGAUAGGGGCGCCAAGGCCAUCGAGGACGAGGACUUCGUCGAAGUCGUAGACUGCCUCAGCCAAGCGCUCGAGAUCAGGACUUCAUAUUAUGGAGAGCUCGCGCUGGAGUGUGCCAGCACAUACUUCAAAUAUCCACGUGAAGCAGAGAAAAUCUUUGUUCCAAUGGCCUUUAGCAAGAUUCAGAAUCUAGAGACAAGUGAUUUUAAGGACAAGUGCUAUGUUUUGUUUUUGUUUUUUUUUGCUACACAUACAACCUGCAAGCUUGGGCCUUCCAGUGGUAGGCGCUCGGCCAUCACCGCACGGAGCUACUCUCUGUCUCUUACUCUCUGUAAAUCAAUUGAAAUAGCAGCAGCUCAUCUCGCUCUAUUCGAUGUGAAUCACACGAGGACUCUUGAUUCAAGUAUUAAACGUAAUUUAGCAAUUAUCAAGAAGCUUAAAGUGAUAAAUGAUGAAGUGAAGGACGGGUUAAUUGAAGAAUUGAAAACUGUAAACUUGAGCAAAUUUGUCAGUGAAGCAGUUUCUUACAUUUGUGCUGCUAAGCUUCGUUCUACUGACAUACAAGCUACAGUUCAGGGACUUUUGAGAGUCGAGGAGGAAGGAGUGACCCUUCUUGCUUCGGAGGUCGAGGGCUCAACCAUCAGAUUCGCGGACGCGGCGAUCGAGGCCUCCAACGGCACGGUCUACUUCAGCGACGCCAGCACCAGGUUCGACUUCGACAGGUGGUUCUACGACUUCUUAGAGUCCCACGCCACCGGCCGCCUCCUCCGGUACGACCCGCGCAAUGGUGAGACGUCCGUCGUGCUCGACCGCCUCAGUUGCGCCAACGGCGUCGCCCUGCCGAGGGACGAGACCUUUGUGGUCGUCUGCGAAACGUGGAGGUUCAGUUGCAUGAGAGUGUGGCUGAAAGGGGAGAAAGCCGGCAAGGCAGAGACGUUCGUCGACCUUCCGGGAGCUCCAGAUAACAUUCGUCUCGGGUCAGACGGUCAUUUCUGGAUUGCCCUCCACGUCAGCUUUCCAGCCACUGGCUCCCGCCUCCUCGCAUCAUCCAUACCAAACUUGCUAACAGCAUCACCUGACAGUUUUGAGUUUCUGGUGUCCAAAAUGCAGCUGAGUUCGCCAUGGCUGGACUUCAUCACGCGCUGGACCUUCACGAAGAGAGUGGUGGCCUCGUUCCCCGUGCUCCUCAAGUGGAGCAAGGCAACGAUCAAGGGUGCCAUGGUGGCUCAGGUGUCGGACGAUGGCAACGUCGUCCGCGUGCUUGACGACUCCGAAGGGAAGGUGAUCAACUCCGUCACAUCGGUGACGGAGUUCAACGGUCGAUGUGACGGAGUUCAACGGGGACAUCUUCCUCGGCAGCCUCUUGACUAA